AUGGAGUCCGAGGGAAACGUGCUCCGCGUGGACUUCCCAAACUUCUCCGGAUCCCUGCUGCAGAAGCUCAACCAGCAACGGCAGAGGGGCCAGCUCUGUGACAUCAUCGUGGUCAUCCAGGGCCACCAGUACCGUGCUCACCGGGCCGUCCUGGCCGCCAGUUCGCCCUACUUCUGCGACCAGGUGCUCCUCAAAAACAGUGCCCGCUGUGUUUUACCCGACGUCAUGAACCCGUGCGUGUUCGAGCGCCUCCUCCUCUCUUGCUACACAGGCACCCUCCACCUACCGGCCGGUGAAGUGGUAGCCUUCCUCACUGCAGCAAGCUUCCUCCAGAUGUGGCACGUGGUGGACAAGUGCACUGAGCUGUUAGAGGUGGUAGGAAGCGGCGCUAGCACAUUAGCGCACAAGUCUUCUGGUGGGCUUGGGGACAGGCCUUCCCCUGGGGACAGCAGCUACCACAGCCCUGGGGAUGGCUCCAUGGGCCUGGAGGCCGGCGGAGGAGCAGUGGAGGGCUUUGCCAAGAUCGAGAUGGAUCAGCUCCUGAUGAACAGCUUCUCCCCACCCGCUCUGGAGAACAACAGCACCCAGCCCGGCGGCAGCUGCUCUCCACCGGUCGACCACGAUGGCUCAGUUAGCGAGACCGCCAGCCAGGGUGGGGAUGACGAGGAGGGUGGUGAGGGGGACUACCAGUACUCCAGACCAGCCUACGUCCCUCCCAGCAUCAUGGGCCACAGGAAAUGGGUCCAUGUGAAGUCGGAGAGGCGUGAGGAUUGCGGGGGUAGCGGGGCUCUGUUUAGCGGGGACCCCGCGGUCACUGACCCCGAGCAGCUGAACCUUAGCCACUCUCAGGCCUCGGCCAGCAGGAGCUCCCUGGACAACAGCAUCGACGAGAAGCCGGCUGUUCAGCUGGAGGAGCGCGUGGAGGAGGAGCCGCUGGACUUCUAUGGUACCUCCAUGGAGGGCUUCUCCACCGACAAGGGCGACGGGACCCCGCUUGGGCUGAAGGAUGACCUGCUAGGAGGGGCAACCGGGGGUGAAGAGAGCGGCGGUGGCUUGGAAGGAAACCCCAGUGGCAUCCAGGAAGAGACCUCCCACUCAGGCUUUGCCUCAGUGGUCUACAAGUUGUACCCCUGCCAGUGUGGCAAGAGCUUCACCCACAAGAGCCAACGGGACCGGCACCUGAGCAUGCACCUGGGCUUGCGGCCAUAUGGCUGCGCCGUGUGCGGUAAGAGCUUCAAGAUGAAGCACCACCUGGUGGGCCACAUGAAGAUUCACACGGGCGUAAAGCCCUACGAGUGCAACCUGUGCGCCAAGCGCUUCAUGUGGCGGGACAGCUUCAACAGACACACGUCCUCCUGCACCAGGGCCCACCAGGCCCGACCCGCCGUCAACGAGCAGGCUGCCCAGAUCUGCUGA